GGACAGCGCGGCCGAGACAGGGAAGGUUUGCUCGCUCUGAGGGAUUGCCAGCACAUCAGAAGUGGCCGGGAGCUGGGGGAGGAGACUGAAGGGAGAGGUAAUCCCUGGCGUUUUGAGCAUCCCCUUUUUAGAAAGAAGGAGUCUCUCCCAGGACAGCUGCUGCGGUCACACCACAAACUUAAAAGCCGCCCUCCUGCUUGGAGCGUGCCUUUCCUCACCACGCUCGCUGGCCUAAGCGCCAACUGGUGGGUCACUGUCCGAGAGAGAGGCGCUGCGCUCGGGGGACAGGAGCGCCCCCUGCCUUCCCGCUUGGCCGUAGCCGCGGCCUCAUUGCUCUGCCAGGGCCGCCUGUGCGGGGUUCAGCCCCGGCUGCCGCUCCGAAGAACUCGCGCCUGUGCCCGCGGUCGCCAUCCUCUUGGCUUCCUUGGGCUGUCCUUUCCUCUCUCCUGAGCCUGCGACGUAAGGAAAGGAAAAGCGACAAGAGUUGCUAGCAGGAAGAAUGUUUUUCUGGGUACCCUGGAGAAAGGAUGAAGUUGUAUAGAAACUGAUGGUCAACUGCACUAAUCCACCCCCUCUCCCACAAUGAAGUAAUGUGCAGAGUUUGUAUGAUCGCAGAGGGUGAACUAACAGUGUUUGAAAAACAAAAUUUUCAUCAUGAAUGUUACUAAAGAUGAGAACCCAAGAUCCAGAAGUCAAGAUCUUCACCUUUUUCAUGCUUGGAUGAUGUUAAUCAUGACGGUGCUCUUUCUUCCUGUCACUGAAACGUCUAAACAAAAUAUUCCAAGACUCAAGCUAACCUACAAAGACUUGCUGCUUUCAAACACCUGUAUCCCCUUUUUGGGUUCAUCAGAAGGAUUGGAUUUCCAGACUCUUCUUUUGGAUGAGGAGAGGGGCAUACUGCUCCUAGGAGCCAAAGACCAUGUCUUCCUGCUCAGUCUGGUUGACUUGAACAAGAAUUUUAAGAAGAUUUAUUGGCCUGCUGCAAAAGAACGAGUGGAGCUAUGUAAAUUAGCUGGGAAAGAUGCCAAUGCAGAAUGUGCAAAUUUCAUCCGUGUGCUUCAACCCUAUAAUAAGACUCACGUUUACGUGUGUGGAACUGGAGCGUUUCAUCCGCUGUGUGGGUACAUUGAUCUCGGCGCCAACAAGGAGGAACUCAUAUUUAAACUAGACACGCACAACCUGGAGUCUGGCAGACUGAAAUGUCCCUUUGAUCCUCAGCAGCCUUUUGCUUCAGUAAUGACAGAUGAGCACCUCUACUCUGGAACAGCUUCUGAUUUCCUUGGCAAAGACACUGCAUUCACAAGGUCUCUGGGGCUAAUGCAGGACCACCAUUCCAUCAGAACUGACAUUUCAGAGCACCACUGGCUCAAUGGAGCAAAAUUUAUCGGAACAUUCCCCAUUCCAGACACCUAUAAUCCAGAUGAUGAUAAAAUAUAUUUCUUCUUUCGAGAAUCAUCCCAGGAAGGCAGUACUUCUGACAGAAGCAUUCUUUCAAGAGUUGGAAGAGUUUGUAAGAAUGAUGUAGGUGGGCAACGAAGUCUGAUAAACAAAUGGACAACUUUUCUAAAGGCAAGACUGAUUUGCUCGAUUCCUGGAAGCGAUGGGGCAGAUACCCAUUUUGAUGAACUCCAAGAUAUUUACUUACUCCCUACGAGAGAUGAAAGAAAUCCUGUAGUAUAUGGAGUCUUUACCACAACCAGCUCCAUCUUCAAAGGCUCUGCUGUCUGUGUGUACAGCAUGGCUGAUAUCCGAGCAGUCUUUAAUGGUCCCUAUGCUCAUAAGGAAAGUGCUGACCAUCGCUGGGUGCAAUAUGAUGGAAGGAUACCUUACCCCCGACCUGGAACGUGUCCAAGCAAAACCUAUGACCCACUGAUUAAGUCCACCCGAGACUUUCCAGACGAUGUUAUCAGUUUCAUAAGGCGGCACCCUGUGAUGUAUAAGUCCGUGUACCCAGUGGCAGGAGCACCGACCUUCAAGAGAAUCAACGUGGAUUACAGACUGACGCAGAUAGUGGUGGAUCACGUGGUCGCUGAAGACGGGCAGUAUGAUGUCAUGUUUCUCGGAACAGACAUUGGAACAGUCCUGAAAGUUGUGAGCAUCUCCAAGGAGAAGUGGAAUAUGGAAGAGGUCGUACUGGAGGAGCUUCAGGUAUUCAAGCACCCAACAGCUAUCUUGAACAUGGAGUUGUCGCUGAAGCAGCAACAGUUGUACGUUGGUUCCUGGGAUGGAUUGGUCCAGCUCUCCUUGCACAGAUGCGACACUUACGGGAAAGCAUGUGCAGACUGCUGUCUCGCCAGAGACCCUUACUGUGCCUGGGAUGGAAAUGCUUGCUCCAGAUAUGCACCCACGUCUAAAAGGCGAGCUAGACGCCAGGAUGUAAAAUAUGGGGACCCAAUCACUCAGUGCUGGGACAUAGAAGACAGCAUUAGUCAUGAAACAGCUGAUGAAAAGGUGAUUUUUGGAAUUGAAUUUAAUUCAACCUUUUUGGAGUGUAUACCUAAAUCCCAACAAGCCUCUGUUGAGUGGUACAUCCAGCGGUCAGGAGAUGAGCAUCGAGAGGAGUUGAAACCUGAUGAAAGGAUCAUCAAAACUGACUAUGGGCUACUGAUUCGAAGUCUGCAGAAGAAGGAUUCUGGGAUGUAUUACUGCAAAGCACAGGAGCACACUUUCAUCCACACCAUAGUGAAGCUGACUUUGAAUGUCAUUGAGAAUGAACAGAUGGAAAAUACCCAGAGGGCAGAAUACCAGGAGGGGCAGGUCAAGGAUCUGUUGGCUGAGUCACGGUUGAGAUACAAAGACUACAUCCAAAUCCUUAGCAGCCCGAACUUCAGCCUGGACCAGUACUGUGAGCAGAUGUGGUACAAGGAGAAGCGGAGACAGCGCAACAAGGGCAGCCCAAAGUGGAAGCACAUGCAGGAAAUGAAGAAGAAACGAAAUCGACGACAUCACAGAGACCUCGAUGAGCUCCAGAGAUCAGUAGCUACAUAGUUUUCUAUUUAAUUUAAAGAGGGAAUUAUUUACCUGCCUGCACAAAUAAUGUCUUCUGUUUUGUACAUCCCUUAUACUAACUCAUACAUGCUUCCCAUGGAGUCUCACGGAGGCACAGGAUGCUAUGCUGAGUAAGACUAUAUAGGACAUCAUCUGAACCAGCUUUCCAAGAACAAAAUCUGUAUCAGCAAAGUUAAGAAUUGUCUUAAAAAUAGGGGCCUUAUGUUUGUAAAUGUCUCAUAGUUUGAAUUUAAUGUCAUGUAAAUAAUCAAGUUAAAUGAACCCAGGUCCACUUAGUAAGGGCGUUAUUCCCGUGCAUGUCCAUUAAGCAUGGACUUUCCCAUGCUGCUGGCUAUGUGCUUAAUCAUUCCAUUCUAGAACAGGUGAUCAUGUAGGAACUGGAGAAAAGGCACACUUUAAAACAGCUUAUGUUAGCAAAAAAAAAACUUUCUCAAGGAGCCAACAGGCCACACUUGGAGUCAGGCGUGGGAAUUUAGAAAGGCAUGUUCCCUCUUUGUGGACCAGGCUACAUCUAGUGUACUGCAGUAAUGCUCUGUGAGAGGGUAGUAAUGAUCCUCACCAAUUUCCUUUUGAUUGCUCAAGCACAGCAUCAUGGACAGAACCCCAUGGUGUGCUCUAGAGUACAGACAAUGGAACUUAGUACACACUUCCUGUGCUCUUUGGGAAGCAUGGUAAAAGAUCUUAAUAUAAUAAUAAGGGUGACAUGAUAUACACUGUAUCCUAAUCUGUAGAUGGGAAUUAUUUGGAGACAGACAAGAUAGCUGUAAAUUCUGUCUCUGAGAAAAACUUAUAUUGCCAUAAAAAAGGAGAAAGCCACAAAGUAGAUAGAAUGUAAUGGAAUUCUUUCCACUGGAGUAUAAAUAUCUGCCAACUUAUAAUGUUUUGGUUAAAAAUAAUUUAGAUUAUAGCAAAUUGUUAGCAAAAAUGCAAGUGAAAGUAAAAUUUGUAAAAAAAAUUAUGGGAUGGCAAUAUAUUAUUUAUAACCAAUGUAUUUCUGUGUUCUCUUUUUUUCUAAGUAUUUAUCGUAUUCUGUAUAUUGUUUGCAUUUACAUCCUUUUUUUUAUUAUAUUUGAGUAAAUAGGAGAAAGCAAUACGUAAUACAUAGAGAUAAUUGAGUAGAUGACCAAGGUGGGGAGUGGGGCUAUAUAUUUGUUGAAUGGAUGGAUAAUGGCAAAAUUUUGAUGACGGGAAGGGUUAAAUUAACUCUUCGACAUCCUCUCGUUACAUAAACUUUCAAGCAGUGUUGUUUUCAGCAGUUUCACAAGGAAGUCUUCAACAUCUAAAGAAAACACUCACACCGUUAGCAUAAGUACCAUUUGUAUUUUGCUAGCCUGUGUCAAAUUCAACUUUGCCUUUGAACAGUGUUUUCCUGCCAGUCUCUCCAGAAAUCAACUUUCCUUCCUGUAGCACAAAACCCUUAGCCUUCCUCUGUUUUGCCUUUUCACGCUCUUUAUAGUGUGAAAUGAACAAUUAGUCACUUCCUCACAAAGAAUGCAGCUUUUUAGAAAACCAACAGACCUUGUUUGUUUCUCAUGCAUUCUACAUGUUUUGAAAGAUUCUGUGAGAAGCCUGUGUGAUUAAAAAGCAGUUUUACAGAGUCAAGCAAUCUAUCUCUUCAAAGUAGCAUCAGUAUUUUACAUUCAUUUAAUUUGCAUUGGGUACCUAUCUCAAGGGCAUAACAUUAUCUGCAAGGGACUAGUAUAAUAAUGAAUAUUUGUUGAUGUUUCACUCUUGGAAAAAGCAAAAAUGAAGGAACAAUUUUAAUUUGUAAACCAGAAUGAAUCACAUCUCCAGCAGAAGUGCAUACAAAUCCUUGUGUCAUGGUUAGACUACUAAUCAUAGAUCACACAAUAAUGUUUAUCUACUGGCUUACUGAGUCCUGCAAAGUCACAGCAAACAUGUCAGUGGGUGCAUGCUUCAUUCAAAAAAUGCUUUCAGAUAGCUGUGCAUCAGAGAGUAAUACUCAAAUAUCAGUAGUAUUGAAAGAUUGCACAAGAUUCUACUCUUUGUAUUGACAUCUGAAAAUUAAUUUUAUAUAGAUAAUAAUGUCCAAACUAUUUUCUAAUUACUUAUGUAAUUAGAAAUGUAAUGUUUUAUCAACAUUCUGUAAAUCUAUUUUACAUCUUAGAUUUAAAAUUUUGGCUGUUUUGGGCAUAAAACUUCUAAUUAUGAUUAAAUAUAUUAUAAACAUUAUUAGGAAAAUAUGAUUCCAUAAUAAAGGUAGGGCUAUGGUUUAUUUUGAAAUGCAGACUAUAGCUAAGCAGCAUUCAUUCUUAUUCAAAAGACUUAGAAGAGUGUUGUGAAAGAUCAGUUGACAAAUGUAAUGUGUAGUUCCUUACCAUUGAGGAUGAACAACUCUGUUUUGAAAUAAUAAAAAGCAGAAUAUUGCUCAAAGUUUAAAUAUUAAAGGUACCAGAUCCCCCAGAAGCAACUCUGAACUAUGUAGUUAUUCAUUUUUUUUUAAAUCUAUUUUUCUGUCUUCAGUACAAGUCUCUAGCUUCUGUGAGUGUUUUUGCUGCAUUUUUAUUCAGUCCUUUGUGCUGCUAAAUAGUAGUAUGCCUGAAUGAGUUAAUUUACAUUUAAUUUAUUGGGAAUUUUAAGAGUUUGUUUAGAAAUGGAUAAUCUAAAUAAGCAAUUUAUGUAAAAUCCUUUGUUUUUCUUUCCCAAAAGAGUUCAUAAUCAUAUAUCACACGACAGAGUAAACAUUUCAGAAGAAACAGUCAAGUUACUUAAAAAACUGCAAAGUAGUCAUAGAAAAACUGAGCACACUGCAGAAUCCACAAUAGCUCUCGGAUGCACAAUUCCAGGAUGAUUUGUUUAAAGCAAGACUUACUUACAACAUGCCUGCAAUAUGAUGGUCACGCUUUUGGACGUUUCCUUUGUGCUAUACUUUGAUUCUUUGCAUAUAUUAAUUAUUACAUGCUAUUCCUACUGAAUUGGUGAUCUUACCUAGAGGCUAACAAGAGUGACUACUUGUUAGACUAACAUAACCAAGAAUAAUUUCCCAGGACAACUUGUGUCAUUUCAUUCACAUGAAAAAAUAAAAUUAAACAAGACCACUCAGUAAACAUUGAUUCUUCUUAAACAUAUGUCUAAGAUGUAUUGUACAUAUUUUACUGAAACAGAAUAAAGUUAACUUGGGAAUCCCUUCUCUUCAUAAUACCACAUUGUUGCAGUCAGUGUGUUUCAACUAACAAGCCAUUUUGAGGGAUGGGUAACUUUUUAAAAAUAGAAAUGUAUAUUUUCUCAUAAUAGAUGAUCACAAUAUUUCAAUUUACAGUAUGUAAGGUUAAAAAUACAUAAGACUUAAAUUUUCCAGACUUGUUAAACUGAAAAUCCAUGUACACAAUAAAUCUCACGCUUUGUAACUCUUGCUUAAAUCUUUUGUAAUGUAAGGUAUUUAUGAAAAUUUGAAGCAUACCUUUUUGGGAAAGAAAAAUAAAACCUGUCAGAAGCCACAGUUGGUCUUCACUUCUUAGCAUUGUCAGUGGUGGGUAUCAAUGAAUUUGAAUAAUUUUACUUUUAAAAAACUGUAGUCUUGUAGUAUAGCAUACUUAAAAUUGUUAAAUGUAUAUUUUGUUUGUAUUAUAAUAAAACAAGUAUCAGUGUUCUAUUAUUAUAAAAAGUGUU